AUGGCGACUGGAGAGUCAAGUACAGGCGGUGGAGGACAAUCUCCUGGUGGGCUGCAGCUAUUUCCUCCCCCGCCAAAGAAAGCAAAGAAGCCUGGGAGAAAACCAAGCACGAGGAGGAAUGCAAUCGAGCCUCAAGCACCACCUCAAUCAGCGAUAGAAAGGCCGCAAUCCGUCUCAUAUCCUUCGAGCGGACGAGGAUCUUCACUCGCCCUUCGUUCGACACCUCAAGAAGCUUCAACAUCUUCGCCUAUAGUUCAACCAUCACAAGCUCACAUUGCUGCUGACAUCCCAAGAUCACACACUUCAUUCUCAGAAGCACCUACACUGGUGCGAAGCAACUCAACCCAGUCUCACUCGUCGAUGCGAAAAACAGGUCUUCAUGAAUCUCCACCACGAGGCGAAGAACCCGUAAUGCGAUCGAUCUUUCCACGAUACAACCCAGAGCUUGCUCUCGAAUAUCAGAACUACUUCCCCUCGCAGCCAUCGCCGUCUCAUAUACCCAAAACCGUCAUCAAUCGUCGACCAUACUCCCCAUCAAUUUAUGCUGACCAGCGAAGUCCGGGAAUAGGAGGCGGCUUACAAUCACCACUGUCCAUCGGCUCAGCAGCUGGAUGUUUCCCUCAACAUUUGCAGGAUGAAUCAAUAUUAGAACCUUCGACAAGUGAAGAGUUGAAGGAGCUGUGGAAAGUAGCAAAUGGAUGGCGGGUAUCUGCAUCAGAAGGACGAGCAUUCUGUCUCAAAAUGAUCUCUCUUCCAGAAGAACCAGUACAUAUCCUCUCAUCUGCAACUUCAACACCAUUCUACACUUUAAAAGUCAUUCCGACGUCGACAUCUGCUCAAGUCUCCAUGACACGGCAGGAUCCAAAUCGUCCGGCCACUACCUCAUCUCCACGCCUUCGCUCAAAAGAAAAGGACAAAGAUACCGAUGUACUUAAUACCACUCUCGAAGAAGCUGUGCGACGCCUUCCACCAAAUGACGGUCUUGUCGCUUUGCUGUACCCGAGAGCAGCAUCUAACAUGGCCCUCGAUAUGGCAGCGAAACCUCAUCGAGCGGAUGGUCCAUCGAUUAUUGCCGCAGCAGAACGAGAAGCUGGCCGCUUAGUAUGGGAUCAGGAUUCGCAAAAGUAUUACCUUGUUCACCCAGCUCUGCAAACACCCUUCGUCAUCGCCAUCACCUCAUCUCCAGCAUGGUCACGUGUUGAAUACACACUCGAACAUCCAGAACUUCCUCGAAAUCUCGUCAAACUCACUCGCGAUGGAGCAGGGUCCGGAUAUCUCGAGGUAGACACUUCGGCGGCGGCUCGAAUUGACGCAUUUUAUAUUGUCGAUGUAGCAAUCUGCGCUGUCAUGCUCGUCUCCACAGAAGAGGAAAAGAAAAAUCAUGUCGAACACUUCUCAGCUCCUCCACCUUCGGUCGCUCCCUUAUCUCCUCCAGGAACACCUCGUUCCCCAAGCUCUCGCUCGAUUCUCGGCCGCAAGAAGACAGCCGCGAAGAGGGAGAUGAAGAUGGAAACCUUUGAGCUAGAUCUUGAAGAUCAAAGCCAGGAUAGUCUGAAAGGCUUCAAAGCUCCUUCGAAAAGUAAAGAGGAGAAGACGCCUGGAUGCUGUGGAUUAUUAUGGAUGCUGAUCAAGUUCUUCUGGUGGGUUGUGAGUCUAUUCUUCAAGAUUCCGUGGCGGGUCGCAAGCUGGAUGUGUGGCCAGCGGAAGAAGAAUAAGAAGAACGCCAAGGAGAGUAAAUCUACUCUUCCAUUACCGGUCACUUCGUGA